UGAAAACUAGUCUAUGGUGUUCCCCUAUGACUUAUAGGUUAUGUGGUAUGUUUGCUAACAUUUGCGACAUCAGCGAUAUCUUCUAGUAUUUACGGCUUUUCUUUUAAGAUGGAUAUUGGAGAAUUGUUGGAUUAUAAGCCACCGCAAGCUUUGAAAAGACCAUUAGAGGCUAACAAUAAAGAAGAUGAAACGGAAAAGGCACGAAAAAUGCGUAGGAUCGCUAGAGCUAAGGCAGAGCAAAUGAUCCGACCGUCAUCACCAACACCAUCAAUACAGAAUUUGGAUCAAAUUUCUGAAGAAGAACGUGCAGAAAUAUUGAGAUAUGUUGAAACUGAACAGGCUCAGGGUGAGGUUGUUGAUGAAGCAACUAUUAAAAAAAUUGUUCUUAAUUUUGAGAAAAGGAGUUUGAAAAACCGGGAAAUGAGAAUCAAGUUUCCAGAUUCUCCAGAAAAAUUCAUGGAAAGUGAGAUAGAGCUUCACGAAAUAUUACAAGAAAUGAGAGUUCUAGCAACAGCUCCUGAUUAUUACCCAUUACUAGUUAAAUUGCAAGUUAUACCCAGUCUUUUAGAACUACUUUCCCAUGAUAACACAGAUGUUUCUGUUGCUGCAGUUGAGUUGUUGCAAGAACUCUCUGAUGUGGAUAUUUUAAAUGAAUCAGAAGAAGGAGCAGAGGCAUUAAUUGAAGCUUUGCUGGAUCAUCAGAUAAUUGCAUUACUGGUGCAAAAUCUUGAAAGGUUGGAUGAAAAUGUCAAAGAGGAGGCAGAUGGUGUACACAACACUCUAUCAAUCAUAGAAAAUUUAACUGAACUCCGCUCUGAUAUUACUGUAGAAGCUGGUAAACAAGGUUUACUAGCUUGGCUCCUAAAACGGUUAAAGCUGAAAGUACCCUUUGAUCCCAAUAAACUAUAUACAAGUGAAAUGUUAUCAAUUUUGUUACAAGACAAUGAAAAAAACCGACUCUUAUUAGGAGAAAUAGAUGGAAUAGAUACUUUCCUUCAGCAACUGGCUUUCUACAAAAGACAUGACCCUACUAGUGCAGAAGAACACGAAUUUAUGGAAAAUUUGUUUAAUUGUCUUUGUAGCUCACUGAUGGUGAUGCCAAAUAGGGAUCGUUUUCUAAAAGGUGAAGGGCUUCAGCUUAUGAAUCUAAUGCUUAGGGAAAAGAAGACUUCACGAAAUGGUUCAUUAAAAGUAUUAGAUUACGCAAUGUCUGGCCCUCAGGGAAAGGACAAUUGCAACAAAUUUGUGGAUAUUCUAGGUCUUCGAACAAUAUUUCCCUUAUUUAUGAAGACCCCUAAAAAGAAUAGAAGAAAGGUCCUCACAUCUGAACAACAUGAAGAACAUGUGUGCUCAAUUAUCGCAUCUAUGUUAAGAAAUUGCAGAGGUUCCCAGAGGCAAAGACUGAUCAGCAAAUUUACUGAAAAUGACCAUGAAAAAGUAGAUAGAUUACUGGAAUUGCACUUCAAAUAUCUUGAGAAAGUGGAGUUGAUAGAUGACACUUUAGAUGAAAAUGAAGAUGAAGAUGCAAACUAUUUGAAACGACUUGAAGGUGGAUUAUUCACAUUGCAGUUGGUUGAUUACAUAAUACUAGAAGUCUGCGCUGCAGGGCCCGCAUCUAUUAAACAAAGGGUUAUGCAAAUUUUAAAUCUAAGAGGAGCUUCUCUUAAAACCAUCAGGCAUAUUAUGCGUGAAUAUGCUGGGAACUUGGGUGAAGAAGGGGAUAAAGAAUGGAGAGAUCAAGAGCAACAGCAUAUUUUGCAUUUGGUUGAUAAAUUUUAAUUUAAUCUACAGUAGGUUAUUUUGAUUUGUUUUGUUUUAUAUUAAUUUUCAUAGCUAGCUGUAUGCGUUGGCAUAUCAGGAAUGUACCAUUUCUAUUAGGUGACUAAAGAUAAAUUGUUAAACAUGGUAUUAUUGAAAGAUGCAAGAUGAUCAAUCAAUCAUAAAGGAAUGUAUCAUUUCAUCAAUCAUCAAGGAAUGUGUCAUUUCUAUUAGCUGAUUAAAAAUAAAUUGUCAAAAUGUGAUUCUU